AUGGCUAGUGUAGGAACCGAUGACCAGACCGACCCAGUUGUCGCCACGCGCUUCCUCCAAUGCUGGUUGGUGGGCAAUAUUAUGGGCGCUCUUGCGUAUGGCGUCUCUCUGACUUUGUCGUGGAACUGCAUUAUCCUCUUGUCGAGGCCGACGUCGACUACCCCUGUUCGUAUGCGGCGGCUUUUAAUGGCUUUGAUUGUGUUCAUGUGCAUGGUCUCGACUGCGGCGCUUAUCUUGGCUACCGGAGGAGUUUUGAGGUGGAGCCAGAAUCCAAGCACAGAGAGCCUUUUGAUUGAACUAAAGGGUUCGCGUGUAUGGGGCCAGCCGUAUUCUUUGGUAGAGCUGAUUCUGAUUGUGCUUGCAACAUGGUGCUCUGACGGAUUCAUGAGAUACUCUAUCCUCUCGCUGUUCGCGCUGGUUUCCCUUGUGGCAAAUGGCUCAAUUGCAAGCCUCAUCGUGGCCCGCAUUGUUUACCACCAAAAAUUUCUUCGGAAAAUAUUUGGAAACGACUAUGGUUCCGAAUACACCAAAAUUAUGUCGAUCCUCGUGGAAUCCGCCUCCAUCACGCUCACUCUCAACUUUCUUCACAUCAUUCUGGCAGCCGCGUACGGAAGAGUCACUGCAGUGGAGAGUCCUGCAAACAUGAUCAUAAUUAAAUUGAUCGUCCAAGUUAACACUAUCUCCCCGAUUUUGAUCAUAUUUCGAGUCGCGCAAGGACGAACGUGGCAGGUCGAUCCUACGAGGUCAUCGCCAGUUAUAAAUGGCGUAAAUCUAGGUCAUCUAAGUAGCUUGCAUUUUGCAGCUCGUGAUACUCAUUCGGUGCAUUCUCUUACUACUCUCGACGACUCUCGGCAUACUGUGUCGGCUUAG